AUGGCGGAGGAGAGUCGGGGAAAGCGAAGGAAACAGGCGAACCCGAGGAGAAAUCAGGUGGACAUUGAGAAGCUGAGUGCCCUUGGUUCCGAAGGGGAAGAUGAGGGCGGACUCUGGGGCAUGGAGACCCAGGACAGCCAGGACAACCAGGACAAGACCAGCCUGACGCCCAGCGAGGGCACGGAGCCAGGCACCCCCACCCGCUGUGCCCGUCCCCACAGCCUGAGUCCAGAGGACAGCUGGACGGGGGGCGAGCUAAACGCCCCCACCACAGGGGACAGGGACAGGGAGCCGCUGAUGAUCUACGGUGAGGGCGAGGAUCCGAGGGGGCUGGAGGACCUGACGCACUACGACUUCCUGAUGCAGCUGAGGCAGGCCGCCGACUCGGGCGGACGCCCCGACCACCGGCAGGUCCACAAUGGAACCGCGGCUGAUUACCGCCACAUCUCCAUCCACGAGGAGAUGCGCUCACACCACUGGUCGCCCGGGACACAUGGCUCGCCCGAGGGACGAGAGGUGCCCCCCACCAGUCCUGAUGCCAUGAGGGCCCUGCUGGUUUGCCCGUUCUGCCAGCGCACCUACCGUCGCGACACCUCGCUGCGCGAACAUAUCAAGUUCUGCCACGAGAGGGGCAGCGGGCAUCUGAUCUGCCCGCUGUGCGGCUACAUCGCUACCCACAGGGCGCAGAUGGAUCGACACAUGAUGAUACACAACCAGGCAGAGAGCAAGCAUCCAAUGUAUGAUCAUCCAGUGGAGAACAGGAAGUUCAAGUGCCUGCAGUGUGGGAAAGCCUUCAAAUACAAGCAUCACCUCAAGGAGCACCUUCGUAUUCACAGCGGUGAAAAGCCGUAUGAGUGCUCCAACUGCAAGAAGCGCUUCUCCCACUCUGGGUCCUACAGCUCCCACCUCAGCAGCAAGAAGUGUCUGAGCGGAGCGGGAGGGGGCGGCAUAGGUGGAGGGGUGCUCAACGGGCAGGCGUACAGCUCAUACCUCAACAACUCCUCCCCCAGCUCGCCCCCUGCGACCAGCGGCCGGAACGGGGGGAAGGGACCCCUGUACCCCUUCCAGGACUCCGAGCGGCAGGUGGACCGGGUCUUCGUGGAGAGCCCCACGGCGCAGCACCCGGGGUCCCCCCUCCUGCAGACCCUGGAGCUGCGGAGGCUGUGGGACCCAGCAGCGGAGCUCUCCCACAGAGCCGACGUGUUCAAGGGCACCGCGCUGCUGCCGUUCCUGCACGCGGGCGGCAAGUUCGAGCACGUCCUGCAGGAGAUGCUGAGGCGGGGGCCGCACAGGGAGGAGGGCGCCCCCGCAGGGGCGGAGGAGAGGGCGCUGCGCGGCUCGGGGAUCGACGGGAAGGCUUCCCCCGAUGGCUACCCUGCCCGGGAGGGUGCAGGCCCGGGCGGGGAGCCCCCGGCGGGCGGGGUGACGUGCCGCUGGUGCGCCCAGCUCUUCCCCAGUGCUGCCGUCCUGCUUCAGCACGAGCGCUACCUCUGCAAAAUGAACAGGGAGGCCAUGGAGGUGCUGGAGGCCCCGCAAGGCAAGGAGAGCGUGCCCCUCAACUUCUCGCGGCCCGCCCUCCCGGCGCACGACAUCCAGAAGGCCAUGGUCGUCACCAACGGUUUCAGCGAGGACAAGUCGCCCCUGCGGAGGCCCGCCUGGCACCCCCUGGGGGCGAUGCGCUCACCCCUGCCGCCCCGUGCUGACACCCUGGCCGCGCGCUCCCAUUGGCCCCCCCAGGAGGCCGGCAGUCCCACGACCCCCGCCAGCCCCGCUCACCUGGAGAUGUCCUCCCCGUCGUUCCUGGAGAAGAGGCGGGUCUCCUCCUCAGGGUUCAACUCCCCCCUCUGCCUGGACCUCUCCAUCAACGCCUCUCCCCCCACCAGGCCCACCCCCCCAUGCAGGACGCCGAGCUCCGCUGGCUCCCAGAAUGAACCCCUCGACCUCUCUCUGCCCAAGCUCCGCCAUGACCCUGGGGAGGACCGAGGCUGCAACGGCCGGUCUCCCACUCUUGAGAAGAGGGAGGCAGAGAACCUUUAUCGGAGGCUAACGCAACCCCCACACCAGCGUCCCGGGACCUACAGUGGGACGCCACUAUUCGGUGGCUCUAUGUAUAGUGCCUUCCCUCUUUUUAACCCAAUCCUGCCUCCAGGCCUGGGAGGCUCAGGACAUCAGGACGGCCUGACAGCACUCUCAUUCAAUCCCCCAGCUCACAACGCUGGCUUCCUUUCCCCCAUGGGCUACAUGCUGGAGUCUGACACAGACUCCAUCCUCAAGAGGAUCCAAGGAAGUCAGGCAUUAAUGAGCGAGGCGAUGAGCCGGGACUACCUGUCUCUGAUGGAGGAGGGAGUGGAAGGGGAGGGCGGGCCAGGUAGGAAGAGGCUGAAGAAGACAGAUGAAGGCCUGUAUGCCUGUGACAUCUGUGACAAGACCUUCCAGAAAAGCAGCUCUCUCCUCCGCCACAAGUAUGAACACACAGGUAAGCGCCCACACGAGUGCAAGAUAUGCAAGAAGGCCUUCAAGCACAAGCACCACCUGAUCGAGCACAGCCGGCUACACUCCGGAGAGAAGCCCUACCAGUGCGACAAGUGCGGCAAGCGCUUCUCGCACUCGGGCUCCUACUCACAGCACAUGAACCACCGCUACGCCUACUGCAGCCGCGACCAGGACGCCGACGGCGCCGGCGAGGAGCUGGGGGACAUGUCCCUCUGCCCGACCCGCAGCCUGGACCUGGGCCCCCUGGCCGCAGGGGCGGGGCUCGGCCUGGAGGGGGCGCCGGGCUUCUUCAGCGACUCCAGCCUGGAUGGGGGCCUGAGGGAGGAGGACGAGCAGUCCCGGGGGGCCCGCGUGUUGGAGAGGGCGAAGGCGGCGGGGGCGGGCGAGGCAGCCCCGCCGCGGCCCAGCCUCACGGACGGGUCGUCCCUCAUGGGGGACGGGGAGCUGGGGAGCGAGGAUGGCAGCGAGGGGAGCGUGAGGGGGGCGGAGAACCGGGGCGAGCAGGAGGCCAACGGGAUGGACAGAGAGGGAGAGGACAGCUGCGACAGAGACAGGACCCAGCACAAUGCACAGCCCAGCACAGGCUGACAUGCGCCGGGAAAGGACACGGGGGAAAACUUCACCAAGAGACAAGCAGACGUGCUUUCCUCAGCGGCAGACAAGUAGAUGUUGACGUUCCCAUAGACCGCUCUCACAGAGAGACAGCGAGCCUCACUGCACAGACAGAAAGCGGGUUGUUCGCAAAGACCGAGGAUCACGUCGCACACGAACACAGCAAAUCACUCUCCAGUGCCUGCAAUGAACAAAGCCAUGUGUAAGGAGCUUAAGGCCCGGGAGCACGUGAACAGGAGCCACCAAACUGCUAACCACUCGGGGAAGACUCAGCUCUGUGGGUCACAGUCCCUGCCUUCCUACUGGGAGUAAAAACAAAGGAGCUUCCUUUUAAAUGUUCAGCUUCCAAAUAUAAAUGCAAAAAACCUCUUAAUGUUCCAAGAAAUAUUUGUUAAAUUAUUAGA